GUGCGUGGUGACAGAAAACCCAGCUAAACUGGCGUCUCUGUUGUGAAUGUUUGUCUGUCUCGAAGCCUUUUGACAAGCACGAUUAACUAGUGCGUCCACGUGGAUGAUCAAUCAUGGAAUUAUUGGUUCGAUAUCUUGACAGGAGAAAUUCUAUAAGCUCUGUCAUGACUCAAGAUAUUGUCAAAGAUGAGAACCUGAGAGAUGACCUGAGGUAUUACUUCAUGAGCCCGUGUGAGAAGUACCGGGCCCGACGACACAUACCCUGGAAGCUUGGGGUGCAGAUCCUGAAAAUUGCCAUGAUCACCACACAACUCAUCCUGUUCGGCCUCAACAACCAGCUAGUGGUGUCCUACAAGGAGGAGAACAUGAUGGCCCUCAAAAACCUUUUCCUGAAGGACUACAGUGGGGUGGAUGAGGACGACUACAGUGUUGCUGUCUACACGCAACAUGGUGUCUAUGAAAGUCUGUUUUAUGUCCUGGAUCAGUACAGCCAGUUGGACCGGCUUUCCGUGGGGGCCAUCAGUUAUGCUGAGGAUGAAGAAGGCAAGCUGCUGCCUCUCACCAUCUGUAAAGAGUACUACAAGAGAGGCAGCGUGGAGCCCUCAAACGAGGCCUAUGACAUUGACGCUCAGCUGGAGACGGUUUGCAUGUCACAUGAACCAAAGACUGCAAACCAGUGGAAAACCCAGAAUUCAUCCUUUUUUGAUCUGGACUUUUACAGGCUAGUUGACAUCAAAUUAACUUUCCAGCUGAAAGGAAUCAACCUUCAGACAGUGAGUUCACGGGAGUUACCCGACUGCUACUCGUUCUACGUUACGAUAACAUUUGACAACCAAUGUCACAGUGGAAAAGUGAAAAUUCUCCUGGACAUCGAUGCUCAGAGCUAUGCAUGCCGAGACUGGAAGAUAUCUGGGACGGCUCAGAAGAACACACACUAUCUUCUGGUGUUUGAUGGCUUCGUCAUUCUUGUUUGCCUCACGUCAGCCGUGCUGUGCACUCGCUCCAUCGUACUGGCUGUCAGGUUGCUCCAGAGAUUCUCCAGAUUCUUGCAUGAGAACUACAAUCGUAAGGUGUGUGAGGAUGACCAGGGGGAGUUCCUGAAUGGCUGGUAUGUGCUGGUUAUUGUCAGCGACCUCCUGGCCAUAAUUGGAUCCAUACUAAAGAUGGAAAUACAAGCAAAGAGCCUAACCAGUUACGAUGUGUGCAGUAUCUUCCUGGGAACGUCUACAUUAAUGGUGUGGGUCGGUGUGAUCAGGUAUCUGGGAUACUUCCAGAAAUACAACGUGUUGAUUUUAACCAUGAAAGCGGCCUUCCCCAAGGUCCUGCGUUUCUGCUGCUGUGCAGGCAUGAUCUACCUCGGCUACACCUUCUGUGGGUGGAUUGUACUGGGGCCAUACCAUGAGAAGUUUGAGGGCCUGAGUCGUGUAGCAGAGUGCCUAUUUUCCCUGUUGAACGGCGAUGACAUGUUCACCACCUUCGCCCAGCUAAAGGACAAAAACACUUUGGUCUGGCUCUUCAGCCGGGCCUACCUCUACUCCUUCAUCUCCCUGUUCAUCUACAUGGUGCUCUCGCUCUUCAUCGCCCUCAUCACAGACGCCUACGAGACCAUCAAGAACUACCAAAAGGAAGGAUUCCCAUUGACGGACCUGCAGAAGUUCCUCAGAGUGCAGAAAGAUGUUUUUGUUGCAGAAGAAAGUAGUCAGACAGACCUCCCCCACAAACACUCUGUGUUCUGCUGCUGCCAACGAGUUCCUGAGAAUGAUGACGUCAUACUGAUCAGCUGACAGCUCUCCCACCUCCAGAUGAGACGGUUCUGGGAAGAGGACGAUGCGGGGAACGGGACUUCACACGUCUGAUUCAGACUUGAUUUUCCAAAAUUCUAGAAAGGGUAGAUUUACCAUUCCAGGAGAGAAAUUCUGUGAGGUGCGAUAUGAAAUGCCAAAGAAAUUUCCUCUCUCGAACAUGAAACUGGGGCUUGAUCUAAAAAGAUGGGACUGGAAACAUAAGGUUUCAUAACAGUAGCUGUUGGGAGUUCAGGAUACUGUUGAAGUUUAAUGGGCCUUUUUAAGGUCUGCAUGUGCAUUUAAUUGAACUGGAUUCUGUGUUUUCUGCAUUGGACUGUUGCUGCAAACACUGGUGUUAUGUGACAUCAUGCAGUGCUAGAUGUGAUUUAUUUGUCAAGUGUUGUAGUAAAGCUAAUAUAUUCAUUUGUCCA